UACCAUCGUGACAGCUGUGGCCGCGUCCUGUUUACAAAUUGCUGCUAGUCACAUUUUCAGUAGUCCUUAUGGGUUUUGCUUUCCCCUAAUACAUCCAAUUAGGAGGAAAUAUUUCUCACAAGCAUGGACUUGCUCUUCUCCUUGUAAUGACAUGGUUCUGCAGUCCAGGAAACAGUGCUGCAUGGUGUCCAUGUCCACGAUUUCCUGAUGUGGGAAAAACGUGUGGAAAGCAUCUGGAGAGGAGGAGACCCCCUUUACCAGCUUGUUUCCUGUUCUGUGACUGGCUGCCACAUAAUCUUUUCUUUGUGCAGUCGUAACUACCUGCACAGACACUCAAGCAAUCAUCAGCAAAGAUGCUUCUUCUUCCAGGGACAAAGAAAUGCUGCUUACAGUAUAGUUUGGCCAGCCAUGGUUUCUCCAGCUCACCAAGUUCCUAAGCACAUAAAGAAGCCAGACUAUGUGACGACAGGCAUUGUACCAGACUGGGGAGACGACAUAGAAAUUAAGAAUGAAGAUCAGAUUCAAGGGCUUCGUCAAGCUUGUCAGUUGGCCCGUCAUGUCCUGCUUCUUGCUGGAAAGGGCUUAAAGGUUGGCAUGACAACUGAAGAAAUAGAUUCCAUUGUUCAUCAUGAAAUAAUCAGACAGAAUGCCUAUCCAUCACCUCUGGGCUAUGGAGGUUUUCCAAAAUCUGUUUGUACUUCUGUAAACAACGUGGUAUGUCAUGGUAUUCCUGACAGUCGACCUCUUCAGGAUGGAGAUAUUAUCAACAUUGAUGUCACGGUGUAUUACAAUGGCUACCACGGUGACACUUCUGAAACCUUUUUGGUGGGCAAUGUGGAUAAAUCUGGUGAAAAGUUAGUGGAGGUUGCCAGGAAAUGUAGAGAUGAAGCAAUUGCAGCUUGCAGACCAGGGGCUCCCUUCUCUGUAAUUGGAAACACAAUCAGCUCCGUGGCACGGCGAGGCGGCUUCCAGGUCUGCCCCUUCUUCGUCGGCCACGGCAUCGGGUCGUACUUUCACGGGCACCCCGAGGUGUGGCACCACGCCAAUGACAGUGAUUUGUUAAUGGAAGAGGGAAUGGCGUUCACAAUAGAGCCAAUAAUAAUGGAAGGAUCCCCCGAAUUCAAGAUUCUGGAGGAUAAAUGGACUGCAAUUUCUAUAGACAAUAAAAGAUCGGCACAAUUUGAACAUACCCUUGUGAUUACCUCCGAAGGAGCAGAAAUCCUUACCAAACUGGUGGAAGAAGCCUAAAGAUGGAGCAAGGAGUGGAGAGACUUGCUGUACUUCUGGGAUUUCAAAUUUCACUCGGGACACAGGUUUCUGUAAUUUCUGAGGGGAAUGAGCGUUGCAUAAGUCACUCCAGGGGCCAGAAAAAGCAAUUUGAGGGGUUGGCCCUGGACAUAGUUCUUUCUGUGUAUUACCCAGUGAGUAUUUAAUAAAAGUCCUUAGCUUUUUUGUGA